GCAUCGGUCCUCUAUUGGUCGCCACUUUGCGCUGCAGCAGAUUCGGGGUCUGUCUGUCUAACGGACGCGCGCUUCAGUUGCACCGCUACUGUGGAAGGAGGAGAUCGUCUCUCGGGCUGUUCCUGUGAGAAGCAACUGUUGCUGUGAAACGUGAGUGAAAGAUGGAGACCAGGGUGGUCUGUAGCUCUACUCUUCGAAGGCGUGCACGCAGAGGCCUGGACAGGAUUUUACAACAAAUUACCAAUGACUACAACACUGUUCUAGGGGAAAAUUGUAAUAUGGAUGAAGAGGGGGAGGACACUGCAUACACUGUGAACAUGGACACAUCUGUCAAUGAAGAUAUGGAUCGAGGUAGUGAUGAACAAAUGGACUUUCCUCAGUGUAAUAGGCCAGACUCAGACCCUGACCCAGACUCAGACUCAGACUCAGACUUGUCAAAUGAUGUUUUUGAGCCAAGUAGCCUUAGAGAAAAGAUCUGUAAUUGGGCCCUCACCUUUGGUAUUUCCCUUGUUGCACUUUCAGCACUUUUAAGUAUAUUGCAAUUUUACCACCCUGAUCUGCCAAAAGAUGCUAGAACUAUCCUUAAGACUGACACUCGCUACACUGUUCAGAACAAGGUUGGUGGGCAGUAUCAUUAUUUUGGCAUAUUUUCUUCCAUCAAGAGGACACUGUCUCAGAUCAUUGACUCUGUUACUGAUUGUUUUACAUUGAAGUUACAGAUAAAUAUAGAUGGGUUACCUUUGUUCAAGAGCUCAGGUGUUCAAAUUUGGCCUAUAUUGGGACUGUUGGUCAGCGUUCCAAUGAAAGAGCCUGUUGUAAUUGCUUUAUUUUGUGGGAUGAACAAACCAAAUUCAGCUAAUGAAUUCUUAAAAGAUUUUGUUGUUGAACUUCAGCAACUGGAGAAAGGCUUUGAUUUUAAUGGGAAACGGCUUUUUCUGAAGGUCGACUCUGUAAUAUGUGAUGCGCCUGCCAGAGCAUUUGUAAAGUGCAUAAAGCCACACAAUGGAUAUUAUGGCUGUGAUAAAUGUGUCCAGCGAGGACAGUAUGUAAACAGACGCAUGACAUUUCCAUCUAACAAUAGCAUGCUUAGGACUGAUGAGUCCUUUGCAUGUGAGGCAUAUGAAGACCAUCAAAAUGGGCCAAGUCCUUUUCAUGGUUCAAAUAUUGGUAUGGUGACACAAUUUCCCCUUGAUUAUAUGCACUUGGUUUGUUUGGGUGUUGUCCGGAAGUUGUUGCUUAUGUGGCUCAGAGGUCCUCUUACUGUUCGUCUAUCUGCUAAUGUUGUUAAUCGAAUGUCUGAACACAUGAAAAAACUGCGGCCUGACAUUCCCAUAGAAUUUGCUCGUAAACCAAGAUCAUUUCGAGAAAUAGACAGGUGGAAGGCCACUGAAUUUAGGCAAUUUCUAUUGUAUACUGGCCCUGUCAUAUUGUCUUUGUAUUUGGAGAGUACUACAAUGUAUAACAACUUUAUGUUGCUCUUUUCUGCCAUUUCAAUUUUGAUCAAUCCAGACCUUGCAUUAUCCUACUGUCAGUAUGCGCAGACAUUACUUGAAACAUUUGUGAAACAUUUUGGUGAGAUAUAUGGCAACGAAAAUAUUGUUUAUAAUGUGCAUGGUUUAAUUCACCUACCCCUGGAUGUACAACAGUUUGGUAGUCUAGAUCGCAUUUCAGCAUUUCCUUUUGAAAAUCACCUCCGGAAGAUGAAGAAGCUUGUCCGCAAACCAGAGCGUCCUAUUGCUCAGAUCAUACGAAGAUUGUCGGAAAAACGUUUUGCUGGGACCUGUACGCCACCUGAUCAAGAUUCUGGUUUAGCAUUGGGUUCUUUAAAAAAACAACACUUUGAUGGACCAGUUCCUGAUGGGCUUGAUGUUCAAGGACAGUACGGUCAGUUAGACACUUUACAUACCCAUUCAGUUCUGACUUGCUGA